AUGGAGUUGGCAAACGAGUUCGCAGAUCAAGCCCCAAAAAUAGCAAGGGUCAUUCGAAAGGACUUCUACAUGGAUGACUUGCUAACAGGAACUAACAGCAUUGAUGAAGCAAAGGAAAUUAUACAAGGAUUGUCGCACAUCCUAGGCACAGCAGGAUUCAAGUUGCGAAAAUGGCUAUCAAACGAACCUUCUAUAACAGCAAACAUCCCCACAAAGGACAAGCUUCCGGAAGACGUCGAGUUCACAGAUGGAAAGCAAAUGAAGACACUGGGAACUUACUGGCGGGCGCAAUCCGACGACAUAACAUUCAAGGUGAAAGAAAACAUGCAAACAAAGAUAACGAAGAGACACAUCCUAGCCGAAAUAGCAAAGAUAUUCGAUCCUUUAGGAAUACUCGGUCCAUGCAAUAUCAUAGCCAAGAUAUUGAUGCAAAAAUUAUGGUUGUAUAAACUUUCGUGGGACGAAUCAUUACCAGCAGAGUUACAUGAAAAGUGGUCAGCCUUCCGCAAGCAAAUGCAAGAGAUAAACAAAAUCAAGAUUCCGCGCAGUGUUGUAGGUAAAGAUUGCACAAGCUUGCAGUUACACGCAUUCUCAGACGCGUCACUAAACGCAUAUGGUGCCUGCGUAUACAUCAGGUCACAAGAUCCCGAAGGAAAUUAUCAGGUGUCAUUGUUAUGUGCAAAGAGUAGAGUAGCACCUCUCCAGCAGCAAACCAUCCCUCGUUUAGAGUUGUGCGCAGCCCUCCUCCUCGCCCGCCUGGUGGCCAAGGCAGUACAGUCGCUUGGAAUCUCCUUCGAGAAGAUCACUUGUUGGAGUGACUCAACAAUAGUGUUGAGUUGGCUACGAAUGCAAUCAGGCACAUUGCAAACGUUUGUGUCAAACCGCGUAGCCGAAGUACAACGUUUAACGGAGGCGUAUGAAUGGCGACACGUUCCCACAGCAGAAAACCCUGCAGAUUUACUCUCACGUGGCUUAGACGCAGGCAAGCUAAGCAAGUCAAGGCUUUGGUGGAACGGACCGUCAUUUCUAGCAGAAGACGCUAGCAAUUGGCCACAAACACGCAUCAUAGAGGAUAGCUUAUUAGAAGUCAAGAAAGAACACUGCAUGUUAGGACAGACACGGUCAGCAGAACCAUCGAUUUUUGAAGGCAAGUCUAGUGCGAGGCGUCUCAUUCGAACUAUAGCGUAUUGUAGGCGUUUCGCAAAUAAUUGUAAAGGCAAAGGCCAACGCAGAACGGAUCCCAUUGCUGCAGCGGAGCUCAACGAGGCGCUGCACAUGCUCUUAAAAAUAGCUCAAAGGGAAUCGUACCCUAAGGAAAUAAAGGAUAUAGUAGCUAACAAACGCAGUUCUGCUCAGAUUAAGAAAUUGAAUCCGUUGAAUCCAUUUAUCGACAGCGAAGGCAUUUUACGAGUAGGUGGCAGGCUAGGAAAUUCAAAUUUUGAUAAUGAUAAGAAGCACCCGAUAAUAGUGUCUGCAAAGCACCCGUUUACAAAACUACUCUUUAAAGACGAGCAUUUACGACUAUUACACGCAGGUCCUCAACUGCUCUUGUCCUCCAUACGCGAAAAAUUAUGGGUAGUUGGCGGUAGGAACUUAGCAAAGCGAAUAGUACACGAUUGCAUUAGAUGUUUUCGAAAUAAGCCACGACAGGCACAGGCUUUAAUGGGUGAAUUACCCAAGGCUCGCGUAUCGAUUAGUAUGCCAUUCCAUGUCACAGGCGUGGAUUACGCGGGUCCGUUCUCGAUAAAAGACAGAAAAGGUAGAGGAUGCAAGACAAGUAAAUGUUACAUAUGCCUGUUUAUCUGUUUCUCGAUCAAAGCUGUUCAUUUAGAGUUAGUUUCAGAUAUGACUUCUGAGGCGUUUAUCGCGGCGCUCAGACGAUUUUCAGCUCGGCGUGGUAAGCCGGCUCAUAUAUACUCCGACAACGGAGCGAGUUUUGUAGGUUCCAAUAGGGAACUAAAAGAGCUAGGCGAGCUGAUGGAGAAGGAAGGUGCAAGCAUUAGCGAAGCGAUUAACGAUAUGGGAAUUAAUUGGCAUUUCAUUCCCGCUUACUCCCCCCAUUUUGGAGGAUUGUGGGAGUCAGGUGUUAAGGCAACUAAACAUCACCUGAAACGUAUCGCAGGUAACCUAGCAUUAACCUUCGAAGAGUUUAGUACAUUACUCUCUCAGAUCGAAGCUACGUUAAAUUCACGUCCGUUAACACCACUAUCAUCCGAUCCAAACGAUCUCACACCGUUGACCCCGGCUCAUUUUCUUAUCGGCCGUACGUUUACAUCAAUGGCGGACCCGUCACUAACACAUCUGUCAGAAAAUAGGUUGUCUAGGUGGCAGUUGGUUCAGAGUUUACACCAGCAUUUUUGGAAGCGCUGGAGUAAGGAAUACAUAUCUGAACUUCAGCAACGUACUAAAUGGAAAGAGCCGGUCAAAUCGAUUCAAGAGAACACCAUGGUUCUAAUUAAAGACAAUACUCUUCCUCCAUUCAAGUGGAAGUUAGCCCGGGUCGUCACAGUUCACCCAGGGAGAGAUGAUAUAGUGAGAGCAGUCACUGUUAAGACGGCGACAGGCAAUAUUCGAAUCGCUACGGCUAAGCUUUGUCCGUUACCUCUCGACGAUUGCGAUCAAAACCAAUAG